AUCUGCGAAUGGCAACAAGUCGCCAGAUCGAUGUACCCAGAAUGGAACGACUGGUCACCACUUCGCCAAAACGAAGCAGGAAGAGAAUUGCAGAAAAAAUGGAAAACAUCAAAGACAACUUCACAAAAGCCUUGAAGACCAAAAGGCCAAAGGGACAGCAGUGGAAUGUCAAAAAACGUCGAAAAUAUAUCUAUUUCGAUCUACUGGCCUUUCUUCUAACAACCGACGUCAAAAAGGAAAAUAAUGAAGAACCCGAAGAACCAGACGACAUCCCCUGCGACGCCCUCAUGGAAAUGCCAGUAGAAACCCAAUUAGACGAAAACGUUCAAUUUUUAGACCCCCAGAUGCCAAUAAUUCAUCGAGAAGCCGAUGAAAUCUCAUACAACCAAAACCACAACCUAAAUCGAAGGCGAAAACGUAGGGUCCCUUAUAGGCCCUUGGAGGAACGCCUUAUAAAACUUUUGGACAAGAAACAGGAGGACACUGUUAAGAGUUCUGAGGACCUUUUGGACGAGGAUAAAGCGUUCUUUGUUUCGCUUUUACCAAGUGUUAAGAGGUUGAGCGAUGAACAGAGGAUGGAUUUCAGAUUGGACGUGCUAAAUUGUCUAAAACGUCUCCAUUAUCAAAAACCUCACGAAAUGCAUAGUAUUAAAGAAAGUGGUUCCAGUAGCAGAAAAAGGGGUUCCCAUUCCAACAGGAAUCAGGAACCUUCAAGUUCCAACAAUCAUGCCAAAACUGGCGAAGAUUAUUCGUGA